AUGUCGCUCGGCCACAACGCCUGGCCCCCGGGCAAUAUUCGGCCUCCAGAUGAUCUGCAAGACUCUCCCCGUCCAGUCAAUGGCUUAGUAAAGACUUUCUCUGGCUCCUGGACGCCUCAAAAACGCGGUUCUGUCGGCGCCGAAGGGCCGAACCCCAGCUCAACAUCGGAAGCUGAUAUCACCACUGAAGAAGACCCGCGCAUCGCUCAAUUCCGUGAAUUGUAUCGCCGCAGUGAGGCGAAAAUAAGUGCGCUGGGGGAUCCAGAGCCGCCUGAGGCUGAGACCACCCGCGUCGACAAUAUACCACCCCCUCCAGCAGCGCCGCAGAAGUCUGCACGAAAGCUUGAUGAUGACGACUAUGAUGAUUACGACGACGAAGAUGAGGAAAUGGAGGACGCUGCCGAAUCACCUCCGCAAGUAAAGGUCGUCGUCGCGUCGCAAGACCUUAGCGCCUCGGGAUCUACCAGCGCAGAUGGGACGAAAGAAACCAAGAAGGAGACAAUGGAGGACCUUCGGAAACAACUCGAAGAAGACAAAAAAGCUACAGAGGAAGCUGCGAAACGAAGCUUCCACACACUCUUUACACCCUGGAAAAUGAUCGCGAUGCCAUGCUUGACCAACAGCGCUUGGAAGAGGGCUUCCAAUGGCUACAGCUCCUUGAGUAAUACCAACUUGGGAGCUUCUAGUUUGACAUUGAAGAACCUCAUCGCUAGGAUUGACAAGAAGCGCGAUAGGGUCCAGGCAUCUGAUGCGGAGCUACGAAGCUUGCUGAGUGAGGUUCGUAAGAACCGCAGUAAGUGGGCAAAUGAGGACAAGGUUGGCCAAGAGGAGCUAUAUGAAGCUGCGGAGAAGGUUCUCAGCGAGCUUAAAGCUAUGACCGAGCACUCAACUGCCUUUUUGACCCGCGUUAACAAACGUGAUGCGCCUGAUUACCACACUAUCAUCAAGCACCCAAUGGACCUCGGCUCGAUGACCAAGAAGUUGAAAGGGCUGCAAUACAGAUCCAAACAAGACUUUGUCGAUGACCUCACCCUAAUCUGGGCCAAUUGCUUGAAGUAUAAUACAAACACUGAACAUCCUUUGCGAAAACAUGCGCUUUACAUGCGCAAGGAGACCGAGAAGCUCGUCCCCCUGAUCCCCGAUAUUGUCAUCAGAGACCGAGCUGAAGUUGAAGCCGAGGAACGUAAACUUCAGCUUGCAGAACUUGAUGGUGGGGAAGAAAGUGACGAGGAGCCUAUCAUGGCAUCGCGAGGCAGAAAGGCCCCUGGGAAAAAGUCUUCUAAGAAAGGAACAGCUCCCUCUCGCAAUACACCCAGCGGCUCUGAGGGCCCGGCCGGGGCGCCCAGCACUCAGCCACCUGCACCAGUCCGCGCAGACUCUGAUGGGACUGGAGAAUCGGCUCAGAAUGGAUUUUUAACUCCACCUCCUGGGUCCCAUACGCCGUCCGACCCUUCUGGCCCAGGGGCGAUAGUCACAGGGAGCCAGGAUGAUGUAAUGGACAUCGACGGCCCGCAUACCUCGGCAACUGUACUCAGUGCGCUGUCGGUUCCCGGCGGGGCAGAACUGGAAGACCCGGAAUACAAAGUAUGGAAGCAAGUAACCAAGAAAGACCGAGCACUCAUUGCUGCGGAACGACACCGUCUUCUCAGAGGGGACAAGCUUAACCCCGAAGAACCGGCUCUGCUUAGAACCAAGGCUGGCAUGCGCCGAUGGCUUCGCCAUCAGAAGCAGGCCACCAUUGAAGCUGACAAAAGUCGCGAUACAAGCUCCCAUGCCAUGGAACCUGAGAUCACAAGCGAGACCCUUGCAGAAGGUAUCGAGGUUGAGGAAGACCAGAUGGUUCCCUAUUACUAUGAUGUCAUGUCUGGGGUUCCUGAUAUUCCCGAGCGGCUACUGUGGAAAGAAGAUGGGCAGGGCAACGUUGUCGAUGCCUCUGAAGAGUUCUUGAGGAUGCUUCCCAAGGGUUCUUUCGUCCAACCUGAUAGCAAGUUGACCCAAAAGAUGAACUCGAACAUGCGGCAGAUGCAAGAGACUCGCAAGAUCUGCUCGAAAAUCGGUAUUGUCAAGCAGAUGCAGCUUCAAUCCCAGAUGUACCAAAAUCAAUUUCAAAAAUAUCAACCAGAGCCAUUUGUUGAGCAAGAUGCAGAGCCCCAUGUUUUGAACGACAACGGUCCUGUCAUUGCUCCUUGGGCCUGCAGAGCUGCGUUGCAGCGGUCAGUCGCCAAGAUUUUUUAUCAUACUGGCUUUGAGGAAUACCAGCCAUCCGCGCUUGAGUCUGUUACAGACAUUGCCGCCGAUUUCUUCCAGAAGCUUGGGUCAACAGUCAAGUCUUACAUGGAAACACCCAAAGUUCCGACCACCGAAACCCAGGACCCUGCCUCUUCGUCCGCCGAAUGGAAGCCUGCAUACACGGAACCAGAGGUAAUUCUACACACUUUGUCUUCUGUCGGGGUGCACAUCGAUGAGCUAGAGUCUUAUAUCAAGGAUGAUGUGGAUCGGUUAGGGACUAAGCUCAGCACAGCUCAUGACCGUCUCAAAUCGCUUCUGACUGAACUUCUUCGCCCUGCUCUUGAAGGAGGCGAAGAUGGCUCAAAUGCGUUCAACGAUGGCAGCGAGCAGUUUGUCGGUGGCGACUUUGCUGAAGAUAUUGACGAGGACUUCUUUGGCUUCAAAGAGUUGGGAUUGGACCGAGAGUUCGGUCUCUCCACGCUUAGUGUUCCUCUGCAUUUACUUCAAAACCGUAUGUUCAACGCGGCCAAUCCGCAAAGCGCCACUGUUUCGCAGUCUGUCACUCUGUUCGCCCCUCCACCCCCAUACCCUCGCAUCUCAACAGAAAAUCUGUCCAACCAGAUCGGGCUCCUGCAAGCAUUCUUCAAGGGCAAGUUGAACUCAAACCGCAAUGAACCUCUUGUGGAGGAUCUUGAGCUACCACCUAAGCAGAGGCCCAUGUCCACCAAACCCCGUCUGCCAGCCUCCGGCAAAAUUCCUCAGCAUGGUCUCGCCGGCCCUACAUCCAGCCCACAGAAACGUGCUGCUCCGCCGGCUACAUCUAAGCCUGGUACCACAGAACCAAGCAAGAAGAAAGCCAAGAAGAACAGCGGACCUAUCGAAAUGCCCAAAUUUCAUACUGAUGGUGAAGGCGACCAAGCCUUGGCAGAAUCAACGAAUUCCAAUGCGCAAGUCGAUGAUGCUGCGGAUGGUGUUGCCAUCGGUUAUUACGAUCCUGUGCUAUCCCUCGCCUAA